UGACUAGCUUACUUCAGGGUAUCGGUUUUUUUUUGUGACAGUGUGCGUUCCUUUAAAAAAAUGUAGGUUCUCAAAUCAUUUUCCCCUAACGCGCCAAGAGUAUUAUAACUUCAAAAAAGCCGAUUUCGGUCCCAAGUGGUCGAAAUCGACCACUUUAUGAAUCCCUGGUUUAAUGGCUUUCAGUUACAAUUUAAGGUUGAUGAACUUGUCAAAUAGAUAUUAUAUUUAGUGAUAGUGACAUUGACGGCGAAAAGUUAUAAACUUACGAAAGUAAACCUUUUAAAUUUAAAUUAACCUUUUACUAUGAAACGAAAUGUAAUGUCUUUGCUUCUCAUGAUAAUACCAUUCGUUUUGACCGAUGCUGGCAUCAUGCACUGCCUGGCUGUCGCACCUACACUCAUUAUGUCAGUCAUGUUCAUAGUGCUCUAUUUAGUGGAUCAAGUGCAUAACAUAGCAGAACAACUUUAUUUAUUACUACAAAUAGUUUUGAACGUUGCCGCAUUUGUUAUAGUUCUUUUGCAAAAGGAACCUUCAGGAGCACUAUAUGGACUAUUCUAUUGCCACCUCUUAAUAGCCCUCUGUAUAGACCAAUACUAUGUUAUUAAAGAAAGAGGAUGUACCCUAUUUGGUGAUGAUAUCUGAUUAUAUUAAUAAAUGUAUUAUUAUAGUACAAAUAUUUUAUUAUUCUUUUAAGAUGGGGUUUUAAAACUAAUUAGGUAUUCUGUUUAAAUAGUGUUACAGUAACUUCAAGGGUCAAAUUUUACUUUUAGGUAGUCGCACUCCUUCUGAAUAUUAUACCCCAUAUUGUGGAGCCGGUGGAUAUUUGGCAGUGUUUGGUUGCUGCUCCCACUCUUAUGCUGUCCACAUAUUUAAUGGUGUUAUAUGUUGUUGAUCAGAUUCAAUAUGAAGCUGAAUUUUACUAUAUCAUUAUAGAACUUAUUUUGACUAUAAUAGCAUUUGUAAACUUAUUUAUUGUUGGUAAAAUUGUCGGAGCAAUAUAUGGUCUGUUCUAUUUAGAUUUGAUAAUAGCAUUUUGUAUGGAUGCAUAUUAUAUGUACAAAGAAAGAGGAAUAACUCUAUGAUGUUUAUUAAAACUUGUUAUAUUGAGCGGUAUUAUCUUUUAUUUUUGUUGUAUGUUUUAUGGUCUGUCAUAGCUUCCUGUGAUAAACAAUAAUGUGAUAGUAUGAAGUGUUCAGUGAUGUGGUGUAGGAAACAAAAACAAAAUAUAAUAUAUAAAAUUUUGAAGUUUAUAAUGUGUUAUUUCUUAAAAACAUCAGUGAAAUUGCUUAGAAGAAUAUUAAGAUUGACUUUUUGUGAGGUGAUUUGUAUCGGCAUUGUGUUUUUAACAAUAUUUUUUAUUCAGAUAUGGAUUAAAGGAGAAAAUCAAAUAAUAAGAAAUGUGGGUAAUCCGGCAAUAAUGUGGUGGACUUCAGGCUUCCCAGGUACCUCUGACACAAUAAGUUGUGCAAAUAAUAUGAAAUGUGAUUUUGUUAAAAACACAGCUAGUGAAAUUUAUAAUGUUAAAGCCUAUUUGUUUUACGCGAGUAAUAUCAAAUUUGAUAACUUACCAUUACCUAGGAGACCAAAUGAAGUUAUAUGGGGAUUGUACCAUGAAGAAUCACCCCGAAAUGUUGAAGAGUUAAUGCAUACAAAAACAUUAAGUUUAUUCAAUUAUUCUACAACGUUUAGCCGAUACAGUGAUAUACCAUUUCCCCUGCAGUAUUUAGACUCGCUAGAAGAUAUAACAAGUACAAAAUACUUCAAACCAACUUCAGUGAAAACCAAUUUACUAAAAGAAAUAUCACCAGUAUUAUAUCUACAGUCAGAUUGCGAAACUUCUACAGAAAGAGAUGCUUACGUAAAAGAAUUAAUGAAAUUUAUUGAGAUUGACUCCUAUGGAGCUUGUUUGAAUAAUAAAGAAAUGCCAAAGAAAUUCCGCGAAGACUACUUAAACAAUUUGAAUGAGGAAGAAUUUCUUCAUUAUAUUUCAAGAUAUAUGUUUGUUGUGGCAAUUGAGAACGGCGUUUGCGAUGAUUACAUCACGGAGAAAUUUUGGCGGGCUAUUAAAAUUGGUACCGUGCCAAUUUAUUUCGGAUCACCAACAAUUAAAGAUUGGCUUCCAAAUAAUAAAUCCGCUAUUCUUGUUGAAGAUUAUCCGACGCCUAUAAAGAUGAGCGAUUAUUUGAAAACGUUAUUAAAUAACGAUAAUUUGUACGAAGACUAUAUAACUCAUAAGACCAAAGAAGAAAUAACAAAUAAAAGACUGAUAGAUGAAUUGAAAAUAAGACAAUAUCAAAUAAAUGCAUUAGAUGUAGCAUCGAAAUUUGAAUGCUUUAUUUGUGAAAAACUUCACGAAAAUAAAGUAACGAAAGUACGACAUGUAGUUGAUAAGAAACAUUACAAUUGUCCUAAGCCUGUUUCCGCAUUGACUUUGCAAGUAAACCCUUCAAAUGAUUGGGUCUACUCAUGGGAGGUAGCUAAGGAAAAAGCCGAAGAUAUUUACGACAAGGUUAUUAAUUUUAAAUGAAAGUAUUAUAUAAUUUUGUUAGUUGAUAAUUAUAUAUUUUAUAUACAAAUACAUUUUUAUGCAAAUUAUAUAGAUUUUUUUACUGACAUACACCACUUAGCGGUGAAACAGAGAGAAUUUGGUAAUCCACGCCUCGUUUGAUGAUGUGCGGUAUUUUCUUGGGCACCAUACUAAAAAAAAAUAUGUAUUUUAAAUUCACAAAUGGCAGUUUAUUAUUAAAUUUUAUUUUUAGAUAACAAUAGUCAAAUCACUUACCUUAUGCAAUCAAUAAUUGGGCAAACUGAUAAACAUAAGUUGCAUCCCGUACAGUCGUCAGUAACGUGCGGUAAAUGAGUUUCUGCAUCAAAUCUAUGAUAAAAUAUAUAAUUAAAAAAAACAAUUGAAAUAGUUACUUUAAAUACUUCAAUGGUAGAUAUAUGAUUAUAAAAUAUAACAUGUUUAAUUGGCAGCAAAUAUAAAACAGUUACAAUAAUUUUAUAAUGAAAGUGUCAAAUGUAUACUAUGAUCCAGAUGAACUUACUUAAUUGCUUGGUAUCCUGAAUCUGCGCAAGCCAUAUAGCAUUUGCCGCAAUUUAUACACAUAUCCUGAAAGAUUAAAUGUUUUAGAAAAUAUAAUAAAAGAAAAAAUAAUAA